AUGGCGACCCAGACUGGCGUCUUCCACGAUUUGCCCGAACAGCACUUGUCUGCGUUCGAGACCCUCUUGAAGCUAUGUGCGGACAGAGGUCUUCUCGCCCGACCCGCUGGCCUGACGGACAACGAGGUACAAGAUGGAUUGAAUGAUGAAACUGCUCUGUUACGAUACCUCUGCGCCCGCGGGUUCGAUCCCUAUCGUGCCCUAAAGCAGUUCCAGGAAGCCGUCACCACGCGUGAAAACAACCACAUUUCUACGCGUUACAAUGAGAUUGACGUCUCGGAAUUCGAGACUGCGCGCUUUCUCUACCCCCACUGGUGUGGCCGACGAACAAAAGAAGGUCUCCCCAUUUGCCUGUUUGACAUCGGCCAUCUCAAUCGAUCUACUCUAACCGAGUACGAGAAGAGCCGUGGAACCGCCCCAGAGACCAGCAUGGCCGCGAUUCAGAGAGCCAGCAUCGCCCACGACCACCUCACCCGCUUUGUAUUCCCCUUAUGCACCGCGAUGCAGGACCGACCGAGGCCGACCGUCCCGAUCACCAGCGCGCUGUAUCUCGUGGACAUCGCUGCCUUCACGAUCAAGCAGGCCUGGGAUAUCAAGAACUACACGAGUGAUAUUGGACAUUUGCUGAUGAUGGGGUACCCGGAGAUUAUUGAUCGGCUAUUAGUCAUCAAUGCCCCAUCGUACUUUGCAAUGAUGUGGGGUAUUAUGAGGAAAUGGCUGGACCCGGGCACAGCGGACAAGGUGGUGGUUCUGACGGCGGGCGAGAUGCUACCGACGCUGACAAAGUAUAUUGAUAUGGAGAGUAUUCCGAGUAAGUUUGGCGGGGGGUUUGACUGGGAUCAUGGUACAUCGCUGAAUAUAGAUGUCGGUAUUCAAGCGGGCUUAGGGUGGGAGGGAGAGAAGGAGUUGCCACUGGGGCCGAUGAAGUGGGUUCUUGAUGAGGCGGGAAGAAAGACGGCCGUUGCUGUGGGCAGUAUUGAUGGUGUAACAAGAGCAGCAAGGGUUGCUCAUGUGAAAGUGAAUGAGAUCAGUGUGAGAGACCCGGAGAAGACGGCGGAGAUGGACUUGGUUGGUUAG